AUGCAACCGCAACAAAAGCCACCAAGAAGAGCCCAGCGGCGACCGAAGGGCUCGCAGCAGCUGCCCGGCGCCGCCAUCAUGCUCCCGCAGCAGCAGCAGCGCCGGGGGCGGAGCCGGGAUCCUCCGGCCGCGGCUUCCUUGCCUGCUCCGCCUCUUCCAGCCUCCGUCGGCCUCCUGCUCUCCUCGCUGUUGCGCGGGAAGCGCCGCUUGCUGAAGAGCCGGGGCUCUGGACGCUGCCGGGCGGUGUGUGUGCUGUUUGUCAACAUGGCGGUGCCUUUUGUAGAGGAUUGGGACCUAGUGCAGACCCUUGGAGAAGGCGCUUAUGGAGCUGUUCAGCUGGCUGUGAACAGGCGUACUGAAGAAGCAGUUGCAGUAAAGAUUGUUAACAUGGAGCAUGCUUUAGAGUGCCCGGAUCAGAUUAAAAAAGAGAUCUGCAUUAACAAGAUGUUGAAUCACGAGAACAUUGUGAAGUUCUAUGGGCAUCGACGAGAGGGCAGUAUUCAGUAUCUCUUCCUUGAGUACUGCAGCGGAGGAGAGCUCUUUGACCGAAUAGAGCCUGAUAUAGGAAUGCCUGAAGCAGAUGCCCAGAAGUUUUUUCACCAGCUGAUAGCCGGUGUGGUCUACCUCCACAGUCUAGGAGUAACACACAGGGAUAUUAAACCUGAGAAUUUGUUGCUGGACGAAAGAGAUAACCUCAAAAUAUCUGACUUUGGGCUGGCAACUGUCUUUAAAUAUAACGGCCGCGAGCGAUUGUUGAACAAGAUGUGUGGCACACUUCCAUAUGUCGCCCCAGAGGUGCUUCAAAGGAAAGACUUUCAUGCUGAGCCAGUUGACAUCUGGUCAUGUGGAAUAGUGCUCACUGCUAUGUUGGCAGGAGAAUUGCCAUGGGACCAGCCUAGUGACACUUGUCAAGAAUAUUGUGACUGGAAAGAGAAGAAAACAUAUCUCUCACCCUGGAAGAAGAUUGAUUCAUUGCCACUUGCUUUACUCCUCAAAAUAUUAACGGAGAACCCUGCAUCAAGGCCUACCAUUACAGAUAUCAAAAAGGACAGAUGGUAUACAAAGCCUUUAAAGAGAGGUAUAAAGCGUUCUUGGGGCUCUUCAGGAGGAGUUUCUGAUUCUCCAGGUGGCUUGUCUAAACAUAUUCGAUCUGAUAUGGACUUCUCGCCAAUGAAAAAUGUGCACAGAGAGGAAAAAAUGACCUCAAAUUCCCAGCCAGAACCGGGCACUGGCCUUUCCUUGUGGGACAGCAGUCCAGCCGGUAUUGAGAAGCUAGUGCAAGGGAUCAGCUUCUCCCAGCCAGCUUGCCCUGAACACAUGCUGCUAAAUAGCCAGUUAGUUGGAACCCCAAGUUCUUCACAGAAUACAUGGCAACGCUUAGUGAAGAGAAUGACUCGUUUCUUUUUGAAACUGGAUGCUGACCAGUCUUAUCACAUCUUGAGGGAGCUUUGUGAAAAGAUGGGCUAUGUCUGGAAGAAAAGCUGCACAAACCAGGUCACUAUAUCAACCACAGAUAGAAGAAACAACAAACUGAUUUUUAAGGCAAACUUGGUGGAAAUGGAAGAUAAAAUUCUUGUGGAUUUCCGUCUGUCUAAGGGUGAUGGUUUAGAGUUCAAGAGGCAUUUCCUGAAGAUCAAGGGGAAACUGAGCGAUGUUGUCAGUGCACAGAAGCUGUGGCUUCCGGCCACAUGAUUGCAGAAUGUGGAGAAAUGAUUCGUGUUAGAUAAUUGCUGUAUUGACUGCUGUGAAGAUCCAUGUUUGCGAAUCUUUGCUAGAAGGUCUCGCUUCAAAUUGUGAUCAUGGCAGAGGUGCCAGUGGCUUAUUUCAAGUUCUUAGCUUGGAUUUUUUUUUGGCGGGGGGGGGGGUUGAAAGUCAUCCACUACCUUGCUCCAGAUGCCUGUGUCACAGUUCUUUUUCCAAACUUGCAGUCACAAGUUUGAAUUUUGAGUGAGGAGGAGGAAUCUUCUCCAUCAUAAAGGGUAACGCCAGUCAGCCAUCCCUUCUGGCAGCAUUUUAUAUUUUGAGUCUAGGCAGCUGUUUGUUUUAUAUAAAUGGGGCUUGUGGAGUAUUCAAGAUUUAGAAUGAAAUCUAGAAAUCAUGUUACUUGUUUUCAUUUAGUUUUGCUUUUCCUAUGUCAGGGUUUCUCAGUGAAGAGAUAGUUUUGGUGUAUUGCGUCUCCUUUUUAUUCAUCUCACUCUGAAGAAGACAUGACCAUUCACACUGCCUGCUCCCUUUACAUAUUUUCAGUGUCCUGCUGCUCUUUUUUCUUGUGUUUCCUUCCCUGAGAUAGAUCUUGGAAGACCUGUCCAGCCGCUGUAGUCAAAGUGUCAACAGCAUGGGAUUAAGUGGGUUAGGAGACACGCCCAUUUCUUGGUUUUUCUUUGUUCUUUGCCCAUCACAAGAGCCAGACAUCUUAAGUUAAUUUUAAUGGUGCCUUAACCUUUCCUGAAGAGACAGCGAUCUUGCCUCUGAUGCUUUUUCAAUGUACAAUAAUGUGAAGAUUUUUAAUGUGUGUGUUUAAGAAAAAAAACCAGAACAAGACACAACACUUUUCUAACAAAAUAAAGUACGUUUUCAACCUGAAAAAUAGCAAA